UCUCAAAUUACUCCGUGUCGCACAUCAUCUGAACAUCAAAGUAGAAAAAAAGCACAAAAAAUGCAUGUGAUGUUUGUGUUGAGGUGAAAUUCUUACUUAACAUUUACUACGUCGAGUAGAAACAGGAAAAAUUAUUUCGUAAAGAAAUGGAAAAUCUUAAAGAUGCCGAAAUAAUCAAGUUUGAUGUAAUAGAAAUAUUUGGAUUUCCUGUGAUCAAAAAAUACGAAAAGUCAAUGGAAAAAGGCGAGGUAAAUAACAACAACGAAACGAAGAAUUCAAAAUUUGGAGUACGGUCAAUUAUUAAAACGCUUCCCAUGUUAACAAUAUUAUGUUCAUGUAUGACAACGAUUUUGGUUAUCGCUAUGAUUUAUCAUCCCCCAACCAUGAUCAGAGAGCUAUCAGAGACGUUCCUAAUGCGUUUAAGCCAAAACGAAGCACUUGAAGAACAAUUUGAAAAUGCAAAUAGAACUAUAAAUAUCUUAUCAGCUGAGGUCAGAGUCAUAAAAAUGGACGGACUUGCAAAUCUAAGCAGAGAAAAUCAAUUGAUUGAAAAUUUUCACGCUUUGAAGCAGGAAAAAGCGAAUUUAAUGUCAAAGCUAUCAAACGCAGAGGCAUUGAUAAAGACUUUAAGUGAAGCCGAUAUAAGACGAGAAGAAAGCUUGGAAGAGUUAGAACAAAAAAUCGACAAAUGUUCGAAUGAAAAAAAUGAAGCCUUAAAGCUUCUUUCGACGUCUAUUUUGGAAGAAAACGGGACUAAAAUCAGCUUAGAAAAAUGUCAGAAAAAUGUCGAUCUGUUGACGAAGGAUAUUGAAGGUAUAAAAGUGGAGAGAGCAAGGUUAUUCAAGGAAAGAGAAGAAGCUGAUUUACUUUCAGAUGCUCUUGAGCACGAAUUACAAAAUUGUAAAGAUAUGUUAGCAUCUGAGACUGAAUUAAAAGAAAAACAUGAAAAAAAAGUGAACGCUUUGGAGAAAUAUCAAUUUGAAACUAACGAAUGUCGAAGGUCUUUAGAAGAUCUUCAGUCUAACGUAUCUUUUUAUCAGACCAAUUUUGUUAAGUUGGAAGGAAAUGUUAAAAUUUUACAACAGAAGUUGAAUGAUUGUAUGGAUAAAUUGAAUGAAGACGAAGACAAGUUGAAAACAAAGCGUUCCAAGUUGAAAGAAAGUAAAGAUUUGAAAAUGGAUCAUGAAACAAAAAAUAACGAAUUAUAACGACCGAAAGUAUAUAAAAAAUAUGAAAUGCUUUGAGAAUGAGAUCGACAUACCCGAAAUAUGACAUAUUUAGCUGUGAUUUCAACAAAUGGUGUACUUGUUUUAAGUCUAACGUAACAACAACGUCUAUGAUAUAUACACUGGAAAAUAAUGAAAAAGGUUAUCGAACAAUAACAGAAUUUUUGAAACCACGAAGUUUGGAAUAUGAAAUAAAACACGCACGACAACAUGUUUAUAAUUAUAUAUUUAUAAGAGGAAAAACUGUCGAAAGAAAAUUUGACAAUCUCUCUCGACAUUUUUAUGUCAGUAGAAGAAUAGUGAGAAAAAGAUUGUUUUAACAAAUAGUUUGAAAACAAAAUGUUAGGAUCGGGAUGCAUAGGGCUUAGAUUAUGUAAUUAUGCUAACUAUUAUGCAAAAAGGCCUGUGCAUUGAGCACGGUUUGAGCAAAAUUCAUGUUUCGUGGUGUAUUUCUUUGUACGUGGAUGUUUAUAUAUUUACUGGCAAAAAUACGAGGUAACGAUGAUUAAAGCUUUAGGCCUCCUUGUCUAUUAUAUGUUUAUUACCUAUACACUCUGUUGAUUAGAACGGUAUGUUUGAAAUUGUAUUUGAAUAAAAGAUAUAUGGGUAAUAA